AUGGCUCAUUAUAGAUUUUCAGUAACCAUUACAAUUACUGAUGAAUCUACUUGCAACAUCAAGCAUGGCAGUUUGAAGGCUAAGCUGCUCAUCCAAAGUAGCUUAAUAAUUUGGGAUGAAACUCCAAUGCUUAAUAAAAUGUGCUUUGAAGCACUUGAUCGGACGCUCAGGGAUCUUAUGCCAGUUACCGAUCAACAUAAGACACAUAAACCAUUUGUCGGUAAGGUUGUUGUUCUAGGAGGUGAUUUCAGACAGAUACUUCCGGUGAUUCCGAAAGGGAGUAGACACGAUAUAUUGUCAUCAGCUAUUAACUCAUUCCAUCUGUGGUCAUUUUGUAAAGUUCCGAAACUGCAUACAAACAUGAGACUUCUAAUGUCUUCUUCGGAUCAAGAUGAAGGUGAAAUGAAGAGAUUUGCUAAUUGGAUACUAGAUAUUGGAAAUGGAAAUAUUGGUUCUGUUGUUGGUGAUGAAUCAGAAGUUGAAAUUCCAGAUGAUCUGUUGAUUACAACUACUGAUGACCCUCUCUCUCAUUUGGUAGACUUUGCAUAUCCAAAUUUAUUGCAAAAUAUGUCAGAUUAUAGGUAUUUUUAG